AGCAAGUCCCUCCCCUCCCCACCCCUUUCCUGGCUGCCUUGGGUAAGAAGAGAAACCGAAGGGCCGUGGCUCCCUAUGAGCAAGAGCAGGAGCGAGCCUGGUCAUGCUCCCCGCCGGGCUACUGGUCCUACUGGGGGCCGCCCUCAGCCUGCCCCGAGCCCACGCCCUGAUCUGCCAGAGGGGGUGGCGGGACUUCAUGGGGGGCGUGAACGAGCUGCCUCUCCAGUGGACCGUGAGCCAGGAAACCUGCCAGAGCAGCUGGGGUUGCCGAGACACUGUGCUGCUCAUUCAGAAUGGAGUCCAAGUCCGCGUGGUGGUCUCCAAGGGCUGCACUCAGGCUAAGGACGUCAGGGCCCACACCACCCUGCACAGCGUGAGCCCCCACCUCUCCAUCAUCACCUACAACCACGUGUGCCGCCAAGAGAAUUGGUGCAACAACCUUAACUCCACCAGCCCUGUUUGGAAGGGGCCCUCCUCUCCAGCGAUCCCGACCCCGGCCCCGGGGAGGGCGUCCUGCCCGGUCUGCUUGUCUACGGGAGACUGUCCCAAUGGGCCGACGCGCCCCUGCCCCAAGGGGCACUGCUACAACGGAGUCGUCCGGUUUUGGGGAGAAGGCAUCACCAUCAAUCAGAGAGUCCGGGACUGCGUAUCCCAAGCAAGCUGCAACCUGCUCAAUGGGACCAAGAAUAUCGGGCCCCUAAAAGUGAGCGAGAGCUGCAAUCUCACAGAUUUUCCGAUCUGUUAUCGGGGGAUCCUAUUUGACGUGAAAUCCACCCCGGGUCUGGAAGCUGUGGACUGGACCGUACACAGGAAGGAGAUGUGUGACUUCAAGGAGAUGUGUCAGGAGACGCUGCUGCUGAUAGACACAGGAGACGCGUCCAUCUUAGUGGGGAGCAAAGGCUGCAUCGAGGCGCAGACCAACAAAUCCCAGACUCACUCCAUAUACUCGGGGCGCCCUGGGGUGCUGGCCGCCUCCUAUACUCGCAUCUGCUUCUCCGACGGGUGCAACAACGCUGAUAGUAGCAGUGUGCUUCUGAAAGCCCUCUCUCACUCAGCGGCCCCUGCCCCAGGAGUCCUGCAGUGUCCCACAUGCAUGAAGCUGGGAUCACCUUGCUCUAGGUCUGAGAUCAUCACAUGCCCUGAGGGUACAACUCACUGUUACAGUGGCACGGUCUAUGCUGAGGGAGGUGGGAUAGGCGCUGCAAUCGGCGUUCAGGGCUGCAUGGCCAAAUCUUCCAGCACCUUGUUGAACCGCACCGAGAAUAUUGGGGUCUUCUCAGUGGCUGAGCACCUUGACUGUGACAACCCUGAGGACAAGUGUCUUCGCCAACAUGCUGUUGCACUCGCUCCCUGCCUGACUUGGGUGGUGGGGCUGGGGCUGUCCCUAGCACUUUGGUGUCAGGGGCUUUAUGCUCCCUGUUGACUCGAUUUCCCUGUGGUGCUUAUCCCCUGCUGAUCUCCCAAACCCAACCUUCCUUCUGAGCUCGUGACAUAACAGAUUUGGACACCUAAUUAUAGUCACAUCCUUUCCAUGAGUCAUCCCGCCUCCCAACACACCCACACACCACCCACACACUUUAUCACCUGGUUACGAGGCUCCUGAAGGCCCGAGAACAGCUGAACUUGCCCUGUGGGAGAGCGGCCAUUCCAGGAGUGGCCGCAUGUUUCUGAUAAUAAAGACCCCAUCUCUGCCCCAA